CGUCUAAAUUAACUCGAGCCCAGUCAUUGUGAUAACUAUGUAACUUUUCUCCUCUCUGAAAAAUCUUCUUUACUCUUAGUGACUCUAUCUGCAGCCUCUCACUUACACUCUGGCACUAAAUCAGUUAUCUUCAAAAGCCAAAAAGUCUAGACAGCUUCUCUGACCAUCUUAAAGCUGCUGUUUGCGUCCAAAGGCGCAUCUGUCAUGGUUAAACAAAAUGAAUCCCGUCAUUGCAAUGAAAUGUUGUGUCAGUACUUCACUGUCUCACUGAGACCUGGUCAAAAUGAUGGAUUGGAUGUCUUUUUCCUUUGACGUUGGCUCUGAAAGCGCAGCAGCCACAGCAGCCUCCUUGGCCGACUGUUAGUGGUGUUCAGACAAGAACAAUUACACUCUUUGUGCUGCUCAACUCCCCUGCUAUUCAUCAUGGAAAUAGUACAACACACACACAGUAUCAGAGAGUGACAUUCUGCUGGAAAAACGAAGCAGUAUCAGGCAGCAGCUCAGCGUCUCGUCUGGUGUGUCAGCGUAUCUGUGAUCGUUCCUGUUUGUUCCUGUGUUUAUGCGUGACACAUGUGGCGCUUUCAUGCAUGUGAUGUGGAGUGUUUUGGGCCCAACCUACUUUCUACUUGAAAACCAGCAGCAGUCAUGCAGGCAGGCUCGAGUGUAUCCGCCCAUGUGAACUGUUAAAUAUUUGAUGGGAAGUUCUGUCUUUAGUGCGAGCAGCAGCGGCAGAAGCAGCUUUGUGUGAACACGGCGUAUGUAGGACAAAACCCCACCAGGCAUCUCGUAGGAGCUGUCGGCGAGGCUGCUUUAGUCGAGGGUGCUUCUGUGGUCUGGGACUGGUUUACUCCAACAAGUCGUGCACCAUGCCACCCAUCACCUUCCAGGACCUGCCUCUCAACAUCUACAUGGUGAUCUUUGGGACAGGCAUCUUUGUCUUCAUUUUGAGCCUCAUUUUCUGCUGUUACUUCAUCAGCAAACUACGACACCAAGCCCAGAGUGAGCGGUUUGGAUACAGAGAGGUGGUUUUAAAAGGAGAUCCCAAAAAAUUGAGUCUUCACGGGCAGACGUGCGCUGUGUGUCUCGAGGACUUCAAAGUGAAAGACGAGCUGGGAGUGUUGCCAUGCCAACAUGCUUUCCACAGGAAGUGUCUGGUAAAGUGGCUGGAGGUGCGCUGUGUCUGCCCCAUGUGCAACAAACCCAUAGCUGGCCCCCCUGAGCAGCACCACAGCAUAGGGACUCUGCUGGAUGAACUUGUGUAACCUCACAACCCCUGCCAGCCUGGGUGGGACGCGGGCGCCCGGCCAAACCAGCUGGUAUAAGUUAGCCACCAACAGGAGGAAGGACACUGAUUUUGCUGUUAAAACAGCCAGCAUAAUGACAGUAUGUUGGGGUAACUUAGUUACCACCUGGAGAAAGACUACGAAGGAUGCUGUUGCCUAGAAACCAUCUCCAAGAUGGCAACGCGACACCUUUUAGUGUCCGAGAGAUUAUCUCCAUCCACCCACACACCACUCCACCACUCUUCUUUCAAUGUUCCCCUCUUCACCCACUCCACCACAUCUUGUCGAGUGAGGUUAGUGACACCACUGAAGUGGAGGAGACACAGUUGCGUUUUUCACAGCGACAUGAACAAGUGAGUGUUGAAGGAUGACAGCCGGAGGCACUGAGCCCCUCUGAGUAUGUACGAUUAUGUCAUGGUGGUCACUGAUAUGAGAAACUAUAAAUAUUGAUUGAGUUUAUUGAAACUGGAAGCUGCCUGAGGAGGUCUUAAAUUCUGUCAGGCAGCAAGUCUUUUGUGCCGCACUGCUAACAAAAGAACAUGUAGAACAAGAGUUUAACAAACUAUGUCUGCCACCAAAGGCUGGUAGAGGAUAAAUAUGACUGUGGCGGAGAUAUUAACAGGGUUGAUUAAAACUGCUUUUAAGGGAGCGAAAAACUAUUGAUUUGGCUUAACAUUAUAAAAAAUGGUUAAAACAGAUGUUGAAAAGAUGCACUCACUCAUUUCGGUCAGUAGGACCUAAAUUAUUCACCUAGAAGAAGCAGCUCAAGUUGUCCAGUCCACGUGUAGCAGAGUAAUCAGUGUUGAUGCUGGUACAUUGAACUGAUAAUGAUGGACAACAUCACCACAUUAGUGCCAACCUCUCCAGUGAUAUCAUGUAUGUUCAUGCUCCGAUUGUUUUUUCCCACUGGGUUAUUUUAUUGUUCAGACAUGUUUUUAUUGUGCUAAUAUAGAAGGAAGGAACUGACACCUCCCGAAUCUCGCUGUAACAGUUUUUUUUUUAAGUAUGUUGAAGAUUUUUUUGGAUGUUGCACUUCGAAUUCACAAAAAAAAAAGAAGAAAAAAAUUGUUUCCAUUUGUUUUGCUAAAAUGUUAGACUAAGUUUUGGAUACAGCACAGCAGGUCCCUUGUAUUCAGGUGUGGUGAAUCUUUUAUCAAAGUCUGUGAAGUCUUGAGACGCUGCUCCAUGUGAAGAUAGAGGAAGCAGCGGUACAGACUCUCUGUGUUGUGCUGUGAAUGCGUCUGGGAAGCAAUUUAAUCUCACUUUCAUCCAAUGCACUUUUGUGGCAUCAUUUCUGGUGAUUCUGUUGUUACAUUCCUCAGCCGUAGGGUUGAUUUACAGCGAAAACACUGCCUAAAUUGAGCACAAAACUCACAAAGCACAUGAUCCAGAUACAGAAGGCACCUGCACUGUCGUUAAAAGCCAAACACACAGGUGAGGCUGUUGAAGUCACACGUGUGCCAAGAAGAAGAAGAAAAAAGUUGAUCCUGUUCCAAUUUCAGCAUGUGAGAAGGAGACAUGUUCACUCUGAUUCUGGCCACAUUCCACAUUUUCUAAUCCAACAAAUGUAAAUAACUUGAAACAAAAAUAAAUACAGUUGUCUGUUUUGCUCA